CCAACCCAGCCAGCAAUGAAAUCUGAGCACAUUCUCAGCUGUGACAACAAAACCAAGCCUGUUCUUCACUCACACCGAGAUUCAGUGCUGGGAGCGCAACAAUUCUCAUUGGGGCAAAGACGUAAAGGAAAGCAGCCUCUUUUCCCAUUAAGAGCAAAGACAAAAAAAAAAAAAAAGAUGGAGAGGAUGCAGGAAGAGGGAGAUCUGGACCACCUGGAGAGACCAAGUUCACUGACUGACAAGGAUAAGGUGAACAUCCAGGACUCCUGGGCAAAGGUUUACCAAAACUGUGAUGAUGUUGGAGUGGCCAUACUCAUUCGGCUGUUUGUGAACUUCCCCUCAUCCAAGCAAUACUUCGUCAAGUUUAAGAACAUAGAAGACCCAGAGGGACUGGAAAAGAAUCCCCAGCUGAGGAAUCACGCCCGCAGAGUCAUGAGCAGCAUCAAUACGCUGGUGGAGAACCUGGCUAACCCGGAGAAGAUCACCUCAGCGCUGAAGCUACUCGGCAAAGCACAUGCGCUUCGGCACAAAGUGGACCCGGCGUACUUUAAGAUCCUCAAUGGUGUUAUCCUGGAAGUACUGGGAGAAGUGUUCCCAGAGGUGAUGACAGCAGAUGUAGCAGGAGCCUGGACUAAACUCUUGGCUACAGUCUACACGGGUGUCACCAGCACCUAUGAAGAACUGGGUUGGACCAAGCUCUCCACCUCAACCGGGUGAAGAUUUAUUGACCUAUAGACCUCUGACUGUGUGUCUUCAAGGUUGAACGACUUCACUUUGAAAUAUCUUCUUCGCAUAGAAUCUAUAUCGCAGAAAUACCGUCUCAUGUUAUCUAUCGGCAGCUAUGGGAUAGCAUCGAAGUGUACCAAAGGAGAAGACACAUAGAAUGUGCCUUGUAAUGUAUGUGUAAAGUACCGUAUUUUCCGCACUAUAAGGCGCACCUAAAAACCUCCAAUUUUCUCAAAAGCCGGCAGUGCGCCUUAUAAUCAGGUGCG